CCUUCAGUGACCCGGUUCGUCUGUGCGCGUCCCCGUCGCGUCUGCACCCUCCGCUUGCCCGUCCAGCAUCCGCAAGUCGAAGUGUAGCAACCAUGGCCCGCGACCUCUUCUCCGUCACGAUCUUCUUCAUCGUCUUCCGCGAGACCCUGGAGGCCGCCAUCAUCGUCUCAGUCCUCCUCGGUCUCGUCGAGCAGAUCAUCUACGAGGACCCAGAGCGCCUUGCACGGCUGAAGGACGCCCAAGAGAGGGGAGACCCCGAGACCCCCGCCACAGAGAAGCCGCUGGACAAGGACCCCUCCGCGUCCUCAGACGCGUCUUCGACUCCCGAAUUGACCAGCGACGUGCAGGAUGACGUCGUCACGAAGCGUCUCCUGCGCAAGAUGCGCUUCCAGAUCUUCCUCGGUGCUGGCCUUGGUCUCCUCAUUGCAGCCGGUGUCGGUGCGGCUUUCAUUGCCGUAUGGUUCACGCAGGCAGCGGACCUGUGGGCGAACACUGAGAACCUUUGGGAAGGCAUCUUCUCCCUCAUUGCGUCGCUUAUCAUCUUCGUCAUGGGUGUCACGAUGCUCAAAAUGGACCGUGCCAAGGCGAAAUGGCGCAUCAAGCUUCAGCGCGCUUUCUCCGGAGAGGAGGUUGACCGCAACACCAGGGCCGGAAAAUGGGUGCUCUUUUUCCUCCCGCUGAUUACCGUCCUCCGAGAGGGUAUGGAAGCGGUUAUCUUCGUCGGCGGCGUCUCUCUCGGGCAGCAAGCCACCUCCAUCCCGAUCGCUGCCAUCGUUGGCUUGAUCUGCGGUUUCGUCGUUGGUUACCUGAUCUAUGCCUUUGCCUCUCGGACAACACUUACGAUCUUCAUGGUUGUGAUGACCAACUUCAUCCUGCUCAUCGGUGCCGGCCUGCUCUCCAAGGCCAUCUGGUACUUCCAAGCGCACGCCUUCGCGGUCAUCGUCGGCGCCGACGUCGACGACACGGGGGGCGACGGGCCGGGCUCGUACGACGUGCGCGGCUCCGUCUGGCACCUGGACUGCUGCAACCCCGAGAACAACUUCGACAACAGCGGGUGGUCGAUCUUCGCCGCCAUCUUCGGCUGGACGAACUCGGCUACGCUCGGAAGCGUGCUGAGCUACGUGUUCUACUGGGUGGCGGUCAUGGUGGUGCUUGUGUACCUGAAGUUCAAGGAGGGCCGCACGAAGCUGCUUGGGAAGGAGAGCCAGGCUGGAGUAAGGAGGAGGGAGCGCCAGGAGAUGCUCGACGCACAGGAGCAGGCGCAGAUCACCGAGAAAGAAGGCGGACGCGUGGACGCGCCAGUCGCAGAAGAGCUUGUCCAGUAGACUGCGUUGUGACUUGCGACUUAGAACGCAUUCGUACGAAAACUUAUCAUGAUGCGUCUAUCGUCUUAUUGUGUCGAUCCUGUAGCUACUACUCUUGCACU